GGUAGCUGCAGCAUCUGCCAAGUUUGGUAAAUUUCAUAGGCAGGCGAUUCAAGGUUAGUCUCCCGGUCCUGUAAAAUCUUAUAGUUGAAAUAGGGCGUAGCGUGGAGUCUUCUAAUCCCAGUAACACUCACACCCCUAGUUGGUUAGAGUUUUUACAGAGAGUGUAAAUGGCGAUUGCACAAGAUUUGUAUCCCUCAGAAGACGACCUUUUGUACGAAGAGGAGUUGCUUCGAAACCCUUUCAGCCUUAAGCUAUGGUGGCGUUACCUAAUUGCGCGUUCGGAAGCUCCGUUCAAGAAGCGCUUCGUGAUUUACGAGCGGGCACUGAAGGCGCUUCCCGGAAGCUACAAGCUGUGGCACGCGUACCUCCGCGAGCGCCUCGACCUCGUUCGCAACCUCCCCGUCACUCACUCUCAAUACGAUACGCUCAAUAAUACCUUCGAGCGUGCAUUAGUCACAAUGCACAAGAUGCCGCGAAUUUGGAUUAUGUAUCUGCAAACCCUAACCAAUCAGAAAUUGGUUACUCGAACUCGCAGGACCUUCGACAGGGCUCUCUGCGCCCUCCCCGUCACCCAGCACGACCGUAUCUGGGAACCUUAUCUUGUGUUCGUGAGCCAGAAGGGCAUUCCAAUUGAGACUUCUCUUCGGGUUUAUCGCAGGUAUUUGAAGUAUGAUCCUUCUCACAUUGAGGAUUUUAUUGAAUUUUUGCUUAAUUCGAGUCUCUGGCAAGAGGCUUCUGAGAGUUUGGCUUCUGUCCUCAAUGAUGACCAGUUUUACUCUAUUAAGGGUAAGACCAAGCACCGGCUUUGGUUGGAGUUAUGUGAUUUGAUCACUCGCCAUGCCAAUGAGGUUUCUGGGUUGAAUGUGGACGCUAUCAUUAGGGGCGGGAUUAGGAAGUUCACUGAUGAGGUGGGUAGGCUUUGGACUUCGCUUGCUGAGUAUUACAUUAGGAGGGGUUUGCAUGAGAAGGCUAGGGAUGUGUUUGAGGAGGGUAUGUCUACUGUUAUCACGGUUAGGGAUUUUAGUGUUAUAUUUGAUUCUUACUCGCAGUUUGAAGAGAGCAUGUUUGCUUACAAGACGGAGGAGAUGGGGUUGAGUGAUGAAGAAAUUGAUGAGGGUGAGGAAAAUGGCUUUGAGGAAGUGGAAGAAGAGGAUAUUUGUGUCAAAGGAAGAUUGGUGGACGAGGAUUUUGAGAGGAAGAUUUUGCAUGGGUUUUGGUUGAAUGACAAGAAUGACAUCGACUUGAGGUUAGCUCGGUUUGAUUACCUUAUGGAGAGGAGGCCGGAAUUGGCUAACAGCGUGCUUUUGCGUCAAAAUCCUCAUAAUGUAGAACAGUGGCACAGGAGGGUGAAGCUCUUUGAAGGGAAUCCUACCAAGCANAUACUGACUUACACUGAAGCGGUGAGGACGAUUGAUCCCAUGAAGGCAGUGGGAAAGCCUCACACUUUGUGGGUUGGGUUUGCUAAAUUGUAUGAAAAGCACAAAGAUCUUGCUAAUGCCCGUGUCAUAUUUGAAAAGGCAGUGCAGAUGAACUACAAAACUGUCGAUAAUCUGGCUAGUGUGUGGUGUGAGUGGGCUGAAAUGGAGUUGAAGCAGAAAAAUGUCAAAGGAGCACUUGAGCUGAUAAGACGGGCUACAGCUGAGCCGUCAGUUGAGGUGAAGCGAAAAGUGGCUGCGAAUGGGAAUGAACCAGUCCAGAUGAAGCUACAUAAAUCCUUGAGAUUGUGGACAUUUUAUGUUGAUUUGGAGGAAAGCUUAGAUUCUUUGGAAUCUACACGUGCUGUUUAUGAGCGAAUUUUGGAUUUAGGAAUAGCCACACCACAAAUAAUAAUCAAUUAUGCAUACUUUUUGGAGGAACAUAAAUACUUUGAAGAUGCUUUUAAAGUUUCUGAAAGAGGAGUAAAGAUCUUUAAGUACCCUCAUGUUAAAGACAUAUGGGUUACUUAUCUCUCUAAAUUUGUGAAAAGAUAUGGAAAGAAUAAAUUGGAGCGAGCAAGAGAAUUAUUUGAAAAUGCAGUUGAAUCGGCUCCAGCUGAUCAAGUGAAGCCACUUUACCUGCAAUAUGCCAAGCUGGAGGAGGACUUUGGUCUAGCUAAAAGAGCUAUGAAGGUUUAUGAUCAAGCAACCAAGGCUGUUCCUAACAAUGAGAAGUUAAGCAUGUAUGAGAUAUACAUUUCUCGUGCAGCUGAGAUAUUUGGUGUCUCCAAGACAAGAGAGAUCUAUGAGCAGGCAAUUGAAUCUGGUCUCACAGAUAAGGAUGUCAAAAGCAUGUGUUUGAAGUAUGCUGAGCUGGAAAAAAGCUUGGGUGAAAUUGACCGGGCCCGUGCAGUAUAUGUAUUUGCAUCUCAGUAUGCAGAUUCUGAGUUUUGGAAUAAGUGGCAUGAGUUUGAGGUUCAGCAUGGAAAUGAAGAUACUUUCAGAGAAAUGCUUCGUAUUAAGCGAAACAUCUCUUUAAGCUACAACCAGGCACAUUUUAUUAAAGAUGUUCCUUCUGCUGUGUUUGGUGGUUUGAUUAGAAAAAGAGACGAUGAUGAAAAUAACGGAGAGGUAGAUGCUGCAAAAGAAAAUCGGCUUGGUGCUCUUGAGAGAAUAAAGAGGCUAAAACGAAAUUAAAUACUCGGUCUAGGUCUUUGGGAUAAAAUUUUGGUAGCUCUGUUUCUAUUAUGUACAUAAAUCUCAUUUUAUAAAUUAGUGUUGUAAUUAGACUUAAAA